AUGAGCCGCGGAGGUUCCCACGUGCGAAGAGCCGUCGCGACGUCUUCCAGACCUAUCGUCGAGUUGAGGGUCAUGCUCCGGCCUGAGGUGCCGUGCCUCGUCUGUGGCGAUCGUGCUUCAGGUAGCCGUUUUCUUCAUUGAAAAUUCUGCUCGUUUUGAAAGUUAGUGGUGCAUGUUCAGUGUGUGUCAGUAGAGCGGUUUCGACGCAGAUUUAAAUUCUCCGAGUUUUCGAAUUUUUCCUGUCAAUGAAAUUGCUCAAAACCCAUCAAAUACUUUUCAAACGAAAUGCUUUAGCCUUUCUGCAGGACGAAUUAAAAUAAUUUCCACAAAAAAAAACGCGGCGCAACCUCUCUGCAAGAGAACUGCAAGUGGCGCACACUUCAAUUCAUGGCGAUUCAACUACAUUUAUUUUCACUGGACUUUUAGGCCGCCAUUACGGAGUUUUGUCUUGCGAUGGCUGUCGAGGAUUCUUUAAAAGGUAUUUUUUGAAAUUAUUUUUAGUUACAUUGACAAGAGAUGGAAAUUUCUAUUUUACUUUUUUUCGAGUUUUUGUUCGGGAACCUACACGAACCCCGGCAACGAAAACCGGACGUUUCUGAGCAAUUCUAAAAAUCACUUGAGAGUACUGACGCUACUAAAGUGGUCACUAGAAAUGCCGCGACAUGCCCGAUUCGUGUUCGGUUUGCGUUACCAAGGUCCGAGUAAUAGUCCAGUUAAAAAAAUGAUUAACUGUCAUAUUUAUGAAAGCAUGAAUUUUUGCAACAAAGCUCUUUGAAGACUGUUCGUUUUGAAAUUGUUUUUGAUUUUUUUCUUCGGAUUUGUAUACCGGUUUAAAAAUUUUUUUAUUGAUCCUAGAAAAAUUUUUCUGUCGUCAAAAAAAUAUUGGUUUUUGACAAAUUUUCGAUGGAACUUGGAGUUAUUUCGCUAAUUUUAUAUUAUCUCAAUCUUUUUCCUUUUUGUUUUUCUGCCUUGAUUUCUUGUUUUUUUAUAUUUUCAUAUUUCUUUCAGGUCAAUACGACGAAGUUUAAAAUACACCUGUAAAGAAGGUGGUCAUUGUAUUGUGGACGUGGUGAGGAGGAACCAAUGUCAAGCCUGUCGGUUCAGAAAAUGUCUGGCAGUCUCCAUGAAUCGCCACGGUUUGUGUCAGUUUCCGUUUGAAAAAGGAGUGAUUAUCAUAUUCUAUAAUGAAAAGCAGCGUUCAACUUAUUUUUUCUCCAGGUUUAUUCAUACUGAAUAAUUUUUAUUGAAUAUUGAGAGAAUCGCAUUUGUUCCUUUUGCGAAGCGGUCUGUGUAAAUGGAGCAUUUCUUCGAUUUUCAAGCAGAGAUUUUUACAAAAAUUAAGAUUGUACAUUUUAGCAUCCCUCUUUCUCGCUUAGAAAAAAAUUUUAAUGUGUGUUUUUCGAGGGCUUUUCUGUACCUCUCAAUGACCAGAAAAGAAUAUGAAUUUCAAAAUUCGAUUCAAAAAAGGCGUCUCCUUCAAGUUCUGAUACUCUUGAGCGUAAAACCGCUGAAAGGGGAAAGUUGAGUUUUUAAAAAUACUAAAAAUUAAGGUUUUUCAACCGCUGAAUUUUUGUUAAAAUGACAUUUUCAUACCUUUUCCAUAUGGAAACUGAAUAUUUCAAAUCUUGGACGCCAAGAAAAACUGAAAAGAGAUCAUGACCUCACUCGUGUGGGCGGCUGGGGGGGCUCACCAGCGGCUGGUCCCACGGUUCGUUGCGGAUCGGCAACACGCGAAAGUAUCAGGUUACGGUAAUGUCGAUGGGGCGCCGUUCACACGCUCAAUGACGCCGACGCGGCCGAAAAGCCGAUUUGCGUGGCAAACGGCUUCUGGGGGCCGCUUCUUCUCGAGUGCGACCGCCGAUCCUUGGGGUCGGAUUAACGGAAAAAAAGAAGUCGGCUGCGUUGCGAUUUCGUUGAAAAAAAGUUUCUUGGUUAAUUUUAAUCAGCAAAUUAGUUCAUACCUCUUCGGCAUUCUCUUCAAAAAAGCACGCGCUUAGGAAUUUCAGAGUGGUCCCUAUAGGGGUUCGAGAAGCAAAAAGUCCCUAUAUGAGCCGAAAAAGGGGUCCCUAUAGAGUCUGACCCCUUAGCCCUAUCGCUCAAGUGGUUCCUAUAGGGGUCUUUCAACUUCUAUCAAAAAAAGGCUUAAUUAUUUAGUUUUUAGCAUAAAAAUGCUUCUUCGCAUAGAGUUUAUAACAGUGGUCGACGAGUAUAUUCCCUAUAGGGUGACUAAAACCUCUAUAGGGACCACUUUUGCAAGCUUUAGUGGCCCCUAUAAGGGUUGGUAAAGUUGUCCCUAGAGGAGACCGUCCAAGGGCCCUAAUGUUGCCCCUAUAGGGACCACUCUGGAGUUUAUAAGCAAGGACAAAAAAGAAAGGGAAAGAAAAGAGGACGCAGGCAAGCUAAACUUUUUCUGAGUUUCAAUUAUUUGAUGAAUCGUUUCCCCGCUUUCUGAUUUAAUUUUUACUACUUGAAGCGAAAGCGCUUACAGCAACUUUUUUCUUCCAGGUUCUAGAAAAGAGACGUUUCAAUACUGUACCGUGUGGGGAUAAGAAAAACCAUAUUUUGAAGUUUUUUGGGCGCCUUCCAUAUUCUGGCGCACAGCGCCUUCUUGUGUGGAUGGUGAAUGUUUUUGAAAUGAAAAACGAAUUUUGUUUCGUCAGAAAAACCAAAUUUUCCGAUGAAAUUUCGGGUAAAAGGACUCUUCCUUGCAGCAGUCCAACACGAAAGAGUGACCACCGAGAACACCCCACCUGAUGAACCGAAAAUGGCGUCCUCCUCGGCUUCGUCGACAGAACCCCGUGACUACAGUAUCUCCAAGCAAUUUCCAAAUAUUCACCGGAAAAACGAACGUGAGGAAGAUUCAAAAAAAUGAUGACCAUGAGUUUGAUUCAGAAGGAAGUUUCUCGAUAUCCAGAUUAGUGGCAUCGGGCCAAGGGCCCACUCCGCUUCUCAGCUCUUUAUUGCGCUGGUGGAGCGCCAUGCCUCCGGCCAAUGCGAUGCCUGUCGCGGAUCGAAGGGUCACUUUUAUAUAUCUGAUUGAAGGCUGGCUUAAGACAUCGAAAAAGGGUCCUGGCACGAAAAAAAAUGGAGGGAAAGCCUGAGGUGAAACCAGACACGCCCCUUUUCGUCUCAAGCUAGCCGUGAAUGGACUAAACAUUUGUUUCGUCUUCAUUGAACUUUUCCGAUUCCAGAUUCUAUUUGGGAACGCCUGGCACUCGAUCUUCCUAUUUCAUGUCAUAUGCCAACAGGAAUUGUCAUUAAUAAAUGGUAUAGUUCAUUCAUAACAGCUUCUUUUUUUCAUCCAACAAAAAGUUCAUUAGUUCAUAAAAAAAUUAUUUUUCAUAGAUCGAAAUAUUAUUGAUUAAUAAUGAAGAAGAUAAUAAUGAAUUUCUUGUUCAAAAAUUUUAAGAUGCGAUAAUUUUUGAAUCCGCACUGAACCGCGUCGCGACCGCUUCGCAUUCGAUACUCAUAUACCUCCUCUCGUAAUGGCCAGGUGUCUCAACGGGUGUACCCGUAUUGAUCCCGUUUUUUUUUGAAUCUCAGUUGUGUUAAAGCGGGGAAACAACGGGCGUAGGAAAAAAUAGGUGACCCAGCUGUGCUAGAGUGGUGUCUCGGCUGGGGGGAAAAUUGUCAAAAGUUCGAGCAGCUCUGCUCAGACGGGCUUACCCGGGUACACCCGCUGAUACCCUGUGUUAGCCCGGUUGGACCACCCUCAUCGCCACUUUUUUUUUCCAAAAUUUUAUCCCCCCACGAAAUUGAAAACAUCUAUUAAUUUUGGGAGUCAGAGAUAAUAUUGAAUUUUGUGGAAAUGACUUUGAACACGACUUCACCGUAGACUUCAAAUUAUGAAUUUCCAGAUGCCACAAAUGAAAGGCUGAAGCUGAUCGCAAAAUCGAUACGUUCUCUGGUUCUGAAUCUCAUUGAACAAUGGGCGAUCACAGCGGUCCUUAUCUACAAACCUGGUUCAAAUUUUUUCCAAACCCAGUUCAAAAUUAAUUUUUUUUUAGAAGAUGGAAGAUUAGAAAGCAAACAAGAAGUCCGGCAAACUCAGUGGGGAGCCGCUCAGAUGUUGGCCGAUUGCCAAGCCGCGCGAAUCACCUGUGAAGGAAGUGAGUAGAGGAAGUUAGAGUAGUCCCUAGAGAGGUUGAAACUUAAAGGGGACUAGAGGAAAACCUUCAGAACUCUUAUUGGUCAAAAAAGACCGAAAAAAAAGUUGGAGUAGCUUUAGAACGGCCCUCAAUUGACUACUAAUCGUCGUUACUUAAGUGAUCCCUACCCUACAGGAUCCUAGUGGCGUCUAUAGGAGUUGAACAGGCGUUUCCAGACCUUUAGAACUAUUGGGAGUCGGAAAAAAGAAAAUUUUGCCUUAACUCAAGUAAAUCCCUCAAGUGACUACUGAUCGUUGAUACUUAAUUGAUCCCUAGAGAUUCCUAGGGAUAAGUGGCGAUUAUAGAAGUUUAAACCUUCAAGACUUGGUGAAAAAAUUGAAUUAGGAAACCCCUCAAGUGACCACUAAGACUUCAGUCAUAACUAGCUAGGAACAGAAAUUACUACUAUAAGUCUGAAUCUCUCCUUUUCUAAUACUAUUUCGUUGAUUAUCUGACUCUAAAUUGGUUGAAAUCCUCAGAGUGACCACUUACAGAUAUUAUUAAAACCGAAGGGACCGCUUAAAGGCAAAGUUUCUUCUUUCAAGGUCUCCGAGGAGCGCAGCUGAUUCUGGUCCCAACGGCUAUCGUCCAGGUGUCCGCCGAAGAAGUCCGGAGCACAUUUUUCAACGAUAAAUCAAUACAGGAAAUGGAGGCACUUUGUAGAUCUUGUGUGCAUUGA